AUGGAUGGAGAGCUGGUCUGCAGGGUUCUUCAGUUGAUGGAUUUGACGGAUUCAAGACUUGCUAAUGGUGGCUGUGAAAAGCUAGAGUUAGCCAUGAUGUCGUUCUUCGAGCAGUUUCGCAAAAUAUAUGUUGGUGACCAAGUGCAGAAGACGAGCAAAGUGUAUCGUCGACUUAGUGAAGUGUUGGGAUUAAGUGAUGAAAGUCAGCUGCUUAGUGUCAUCAUGAGAAAGAUAAUAACAAAUUUGAAAUACUGGGGCAGUUCCGAGUCGAUAAUAUCCAAAACGUUGGGGCUGUUGAGUGACCUGAGUGGUGGCUAUGCGUGUGUACGGAAGCUGGUCAGAUUGGACGAGGUCAAAUUUAUGUUGACGCAUCAUACGGCGGAACACUUCCCGUUCCUUGGAAUCGGCGUUGGUACUGCGGAAAUGCGUUGUCGCAGUAUGCUCUAUACGGCGUUGGGAAGGUUAUUGAUGGUGGAAUUGGGCGAGGACGAAGAUCGAUUCCACGCUUUUAUGAUGCCUCUUACAGCUGCCUUCGAGAGCAUAAUAGGCCUAUUGGGAAGUGCAGAGAAUCCUCUAUAUGCUUCCGAAGACGCGAAGAAGACGCUGAUAGGCCUCGCCCGAGACUUGAGAGGUCUGGCCUUCGCGUUUAAUACGAAAACGACUUAUAUGAUGCUGUUUGAUUGGAUAUACCCAUUGUACAUGAAAGUGUUAUUGCGCGGAAUCGAAUUGUGGUACAACGAGCCGGCCGUGACCACGCCCAUACUGAAAUUAACCACCGAGCUGGUGCAGAAUAGGAACCAGAGGUUGCACUUUGAUGUCAGCUCGCCGAAUGGAAUAUUGUUGUUUAGGGAAUUGUCCAAUAUUAUUUGCGCUUAUGGUAGUAGAAUACUGACAGUCGAUGUAAGCAAGAAACAAAUGUACACGAUGAAAGUGAAAGGCAUUUCGUUGUGUUUCUCCAUACUUAAGACGGCUCUAUGUGGAAAUUAUGUUAAUUUUGGUGUUUUUAGGUUAUAUGGUGACGACGCCCUGGAUAAUGCGUUGAAUAUGUUUGUUAAAUUAUUGUUAAAUAUACCACAGAGUGACUUAUUGUUCUAUCCAAAACUAUCCCAGACCUAUUAUGUACUAUUGGAGAGGCUUGCGCAAGAUCACAUGCCGUAUUUAGCGUCUAUACAGCCAGAUGCUACAUUAUAUAUUCUUUCUUCGAUAUCGGAGGGGCUCACUGCUUUAGACACGAGUGUAUGUACAGGAUGUUGUUCUACUCUAGAUCACGUAGUAACAUAUUUAUUUAAGCAAUUAGUACAGAAAUCAAGUAAAGCAUCGAAUCCGAGACAGCCGACGCCGGAAAGCAGUAAUAUGUUCAUAGAAGUGCUCCAAAGGCGGCCGGAGAUCAUGCAGCAGCUAUUGGCAACUGUAGUGAACGUGAUAAUGUUUGAAGAAUGCUGUAACCAAUGGUCCAUGUCUCGGCCGCUCCUUGGGCUCAUUCUACUGAAUGAAGAACAGUUCUCUGGUCUCCGCUCUGAGCUCAUCUCCCAACAGCCUCGGCAUCGGCAGCAUCACCUGGCCCAGUGCUUCGACCAGCUCAUGUCUGGCGUCGAGAGGAAUCUGCUUACGAAAAAUAGGGAUAGGUUCACACAAAACCUAUCGAUGUUUCGACGCGACAUCACUGACCUGCUGAAAGGAACAACCGUCAAUACACCGUCUGUCAAUGACAUGAUGACGUCAUAA